AUGGCUCCCAUCAAGGUCGGCAUCAACGGCUUCGGUCGUAUCGGUCGCAUUGUCUUCCGCAACGCCGUCGAGCACCCCGACGUCGAGAUCGUCGCCGUCAACGACCCUUUCAUUGAGACCAAGUACGCUGCCUACAUGCUCAAGUACGACUCCACCCACGGCAUCUUCAACGGUGACAUCAAGCAGGAUGGCAACGACCUUGUCAUCAACGGCAAGAAGGUCAAGUUCUACACUGAGCGCGACCCCGCUGCCAUCCCCUGGAAGGAUACUGGCGCCGACUACGUCGUCGAGUCCACUGGUGACUGGCGUGGUGGCCGCACUGCUGCUCAGAACAUCAUUCCCAGCAGCACCGGUGCCGCCAAGGCUGUCGGCAAGGUCAUUCCUGAGCUCAACGGCAAGCUCACCGGCAUGUCCAUGCGUGUGCCCACUGCCAACGUCUCCGUCGUUGACCUGACUGUCCGCAUUGAGAAGGGUGCCACCUACGACGAGAUCAAGCAGGCCAUCAAGGAGUCCGCUGACGGUCCCCUCAAGGGCGUCUUGGCUUACACCGAGGACGACGUUGUCUCCACCGACAUGAUCGGCAACCCCAACUCCUCCAUCUUCGAUGCCAAGGCCGGUAUCUCCCUGAACAACAACUUCGUCAAGCUGGUCUCCUGGUACGACAACGAGUGGGGUUACUCCCGCCGUGUCCUCGACCUCCUUGCCCACGUUGCCAAGGUUGACGCCUCCAAGUAA